GGUGUGUGCUGACCCACCACUACUACUACUCCCCCAUCCAUCCAUCCUCUUUGGACCUAAUCAUCACCCCUCUCAUCACACACCCACCCAACCACCCCGGUGUGUUUUUUGUUGUUGUUAGUGUGUGUGUAUAUAUAUAUAUAUAUAUAUAUCGGGUCGGACGUGGGGUACCGGUUGAUGGUGACGGCGUCCGCGCGGGGCGGCGGUAUAUCCAUCAUAUAGACUGUUGGAUGUAUUAACAUGCAAAACGGUGCUUUUCCAUGGGUUAGUCCAUCACUAGCUGGUCCAUCGCAGAAAUCUCCAUGGCCCGGUUAUCAGGCCAGUCUAACCGAUUUGUUUCUCAAAAAAAAUCCGCUACAAUUUGCCACUUCGGGUAUCUCACAAUUGGCGGCCGCUUCAAGUUAUUUAGAAAAGAUAUCGACAUUAAGCCAACAACCAAAUCAUAAUCUUAAUAAUCUUAAUAAUAAUAAUAAUACCAGUGCUAACUCUCCCGGACCAUUACCCGGGCCGUCAUCUGGAUCACCCAGUGAAUUAAUUAUAUCACAUUCACAAUUGCUUAACAAUAAUAAUAACAAUAAUAAUAAUAAUAAUAACAAUCAUCACAAGUGUCCGCAUCCGGACAAUAAAGAUAAGUCUUAUCCGUGCGAUAUUUGCCAACAAUAUCCCGGCUCAGGCGGCGGUGGUUUCGGUGGCAAAUCGACCAGUGAUACCAUCACCAGCAACACGUGCUCAACAACCAGAAUGAACGAGUCAUUAGGUGAACAUAAGGUGCCUCACUUUGGGGCAGUGCCAAGCAGUCAUCUGCACCCGCAUCCGGCUCAUCUGCAUUCGGCAGCCAUGUCUGGACUGGCCGCCCACCAUCACCAUCAUCACCAUCAUCAGGCGGCCCAGAGACGAGCGUCGGCCACAUCCGCUUCGUCGACAAUGUCUCGCAAUCGUAACAAUGCUAACAAUAAUAAUAAGCAAUUUCUGUGCCCAGUCUGUCAUAAAUUGUUUACACAAAAAGGAAAUCUCAAGACACAUAUGAUGAUUCACACCGGCGACAAACCGUAUGCCUGUCAUAUAUGCGGCAAAAGUUUUACACAAAAAGGCAAUGUGGACACACAUAUGAAGAUACAUACCGGCGAAAAGGACUACCGGUGCGAUUCGUGCGGUAAAGGAUUCACUCAAAAGGGCAAUCUGAAGACACACGUCCGGUCAGUUCAUACAAAAGAAAAACCGUUUGCUUGCGGUGUUUGCGGCAAAAGUUUUUCACAAAAAGGUAAUAUGCAGACACAUAUACGCACCCAUAACAAGGACGACCGAUUUCCAUGCAGUCUAUGCGGCAAAACAUUCUCGCAAAAAGGCAAUCUAAAGACUCAUAUGCAGAGACACGCGGGAACAUUGCCGGCCAAACGUUAUGGCCAACGACGCCAAGUAGGCCACUCCAGGCUACUACAAGUGCAUUCGCAGAAUCCAAGUGCAUAUUCGUUGACAAAUACGGAUCAAUCGCCUCGCGAACAGUCCCAAGUAAACAGGUCGUCGACUGAUGAAGAUUCGGUACCGCCAUUGGAUCAUAGCGGACAUCGAUCCAGUCAGCAGCUGGUCGGCCAUCAGACACACGCGUCGACACCCGAUGAGGCGUUGUCGCCACAGAAUUUGCAGUUAAAAUACGCUCACCAGACGAGCUCAUCCAGGGAUCCAUUGAGCGCAUUGGUAUCCCUACAGAACUCAGCCCUUCAUCAACAAUCACAGCUACAACAGCAGCACCGAAGUCCCGGUUCGAGUCCCAUAACACCAGAUAACAUGCCAUUCAGUUCAUGUUCGGCGGCCACUGCGGCGCGUGUCUUAUACUCGACGCCAACCUCAAUGCCGACGCCAUUGGCAGCCCAUCAGACAUGGUUGGCGGCAGCGGGUGCCUCAUCCAACCUGACCGGUCCGUCUGCGCACAAGAGUCGCGGUUCAACGAACCCGUACGACGCCUUCACAGGCCUAACCAAUCCAUACGGAAGCUUCGCUGCUGUUCAGGCAUCGCCACUGUCUCGACUAUCGUUGUUCAGCGGUGUCGGCGUCGGCAGUGCCAGCAACGAGCACCUGACCUCCCAUCAUCACAAGCAACAACAGCACACGGAUUCGUCCGGCAACAAUACGACUACACCAUCGCAGCAUCAGUUCCAGACAUCUAAUCCCAAUCCAGACUUCUCGCAACUGCUCGAAUAGCAACGACAGCAACAACAACAACAACAUCAUCAGCAACAACAACAAUACCAACUAAAUCUCUGAGAUGUAUUGUUUUCAAAAAACUCUAGUCAACCCAUUUUGAAAGCCACACACACUUAUAUAUAUAUAUAUAUACACUAAUUAAUUGAAUACAACCAUCAGU